UGCAAUAUGAGGAGGCUCACGUGACGAUCUUUUAAAUUCCUGCUCCCCUGCAGCGCAAUUUGUCAGAGAACGAAUGGUGUCUGCUUGCCUCGCUGCUUGUAGACGCAUGUCUGUUUAUUUUCGGCCACGAAAGCUAGAAGGACUUGCCUUCUUAAACACCUGAAGCCUCGCUCCGUUCUCUUCAUCAUGGUGUUAUUACAGUUUUGAGCUCGCUUGUGUCUUUUGUUUUUUCAUGCUGAAGCGUUUGAGUUGACUGUCUGGUACCAGGAGAGGAGGAGGACCCGCUGCUAGAGAGAAAAACAGCAGAAAAAGAGAAGUAGCCUAUGCAACAUUGGACUGCUACUCUGGUUGUUUCUGCACUGAUAAUGUGAUCUGAACUGUGUGGACUGCGGGAAUACAACACAUUUAAACUGUUGUUCACUUCGAUGCACGGCUACUAGAAAAGAAAGGAGGAAAGUGCUGCGACGCUACAAGUCCGGGAUCAUCACCUAAAACCCAAUAAGCCUCGUGUUACAGGGCAUCACCCUAAAAAUCCGAGGAACGAUGUCUUCUACGAAAUACAAGAAGGACAAGGAAAUCAUAGCGGACUAUGAGACCCAAGUAAAAGAGAUCCGUAACCAGCUGGUGGAGCAGUUCAAAUGUUUGGAGCAGCAGUCUGAGUCUCGAAUCCAGCUCCUGCAAGACCUACAGGAGUUCUUCCGCCGCAAAGCAGAGAUUGAACUGGAAUACUCCCGCAGCUUAGAGAAACUGGCUGAGAAGUUCUCCUCCAAGAUCCGCAGCUCCAGGGAACACCAACAGUUCAAAAAAGACCAGCACCUGCUAUCCUCAGUGAACUGCUGGUACUUGGUGCUGAACCAGACAAGGCGAGAGAGUCGUGACCAUGCCACCCUCAGCGACCUAUACACCAACAAUGUCAUCGCCCGCUUGGCUCAGAUCAGCGAGGACAUCAUUCGCCUGUUUAAGAAGAGCAAGGACAUUGGGAUCCAGAUGCACGAGGAGCUGGUGAAGGUGACAAAUGAACUGUACACUGUGAUGAAAACAUACCACAUGUACCACACUGAGAGCAUCAGUGCCGAGAGCAAGCUGAAGGACGCUGAGAAGCAGGAGGAGAAGCAGUUCAGCAAGUCCGGAGAUCUCAACGUUAACCUGCUGCGCCAUGAGGACCGCCAACCAAGACGCAGCUUUGUCAGGAAAAUUGAGAAGAUGAAAGAGAAGAGGCAAGCCAAGUACUCAGAGAAUAAGCUGAAAUGCACAAAAGCCCGGAAUGACUAUUUGUUGAACCUGGCAGCAACAAAUGCAGUUGUGGCAAAAUAUUACAUCCAUGACGUCUCUGAUAUGAUUGAUUGCUGUGACCUAGGCUACCACGCUAGCUUGGCGCGCACCCUCAGGACCUACUUAUCUGCCGAGUACAAUUUGGAGACAUCACGCCACGAGGGACUGGAUAUCAUAGAGAAUGCAGUGGACAACCUGGAUUCCCGCAGUGACAAGCACAAGAUCAUGGAUAUGCAUAACCAGGUGUUCUGCCCUCCAAUGCGCUUUGAGUACCUGCCACACAUGGGAGAUGAGGUGUGCCAAGUGAGCGCCCAGCAACCUGUCCAGACUGAACUCCUGAUGCGCUACCACCAACUGCAGUCUCGCCUGGCUACGCUAAAGAUUGAGAAUGAGGAGGUGAGAAAGACCUUGGAUGCCACUAUGCAAACACUGCAGGACAUGCUGACGGUAGAGGACUUUGACGUGUCGGAUGCCUUCCAACAUAGCCGCUCCACUGAAUCCAUUAAGUCCGUGGCCUCCGAGUCCUACAUGAGCAAGCUGAAUGUAGCCAAGAGGAGGGCAAACCAACAAGAAACUGAAAUGUUCUACUUUUCGAAAUUCAAGGAGUACCUGAAUGGCAGUAACCUCAUCAUUAAGCUGCAGGCCAAGCAUGACUUACUAAAGCAGACUCUGGGUGAAGGGGAAAGGGCUGAGUGUGGAACUACAAGGCCCCCCACCCUCCCCCCUAAACCACAGAAAAUGCGGAAGCCUAGGCCACGCUCUGUGUAUAACCAUAAGCUGUUUAACGGCAAUAUGGAGACCUUCAUCAAGGAUUCAGGUCAACUAAUCCCACUUGUUGUCGAAAGCUGUAUCAGAUACAUCAAUCUAUAUGGCUUGCAGCAGCAAGGCAUAUUUCGUGUGCCUGGAUCACAGGUGGAAGUCAAUGAUAUUAAAAACUCAUUUGAGAGAGGUGAAGAUCCCCUGAUUGACGACCAGAAUGAUCAUGAUAUCAACUCAGUGGCAGGGGUGCUGAAGCUGUACUUCAGAGGACUGGAGAACCCCCUCUUCCCAAAAGAGCGCUUCCUGGACUUCAUUUCUACCAUCAAACUGGAGUCUGGAGCCGAGAGAGCGCAUCACAUCCAGCAGAUUACUGUGACUCUUUCUCGCACCAUCAUAAUCGUCAUGAGAUACCUUUUUGCUUUUCUCAAUCACCUCUCCCAGUACAGUGACGAGAACAUGAUGGAUCCAUACAAUUUGGCAAUCUGCUUUGGUCCAACCCUGAUGCCCAUCCCUGACGGACAGGAUCCUGUAGCAUGCCAGGCACAUGUUAACGAGGUCAUCAAGACCAUCAUCAUCCACAAUGAACUCAUCUUUCCCAAUCAACGUGAGCUGGACGGCCCAGUGUAUGAAAAGUGCAUGACUGGGGGGGAGGAGUACUGUGACAGCCCACACAGUGAACCAGGAACUAUUGAUGAGGCUGACAAUGGAACUGAACCACACACAAGUGAUGAAGAGGUCGAACAGAUUGAGGCCAUCGCUAAGUUUGACUAUGUAGGACGCACACCCAGGGAGCUGUCCUUCAAAAAGGGAGCCUCUUUGCUUCUGUAUCACAGAGCAUCUGAAGACUGGUGGGAAGGCCGGCACAAUGGUGUGGAUGGCCUCAUCCCACAUCAGUACAUUGUAGUACAAGACCUGGAUGAUGCUUUCUCAGAUAACCUCAGUCAGAAAGCAGAUAGCGAAGCGAGCAGUGGGCCGUUGCUGGAUGAUAAGGGUUCCUCCAAAAAUGAUGUCCCAUCACCAUGUGAACAAUCACCUGAUUGCAACUUUGGAGGAGUCAUGGGGAGGGUAAGGCUACGGUCCGAUGGAGCUGCAAUCCCACAUCGUCGGAGUGGUAAAGACACCCACAGCCCAACCAGAGUGGCUGACACUCCACCACGUGCUGCGGCCUGUCCCAGCAGCCCACACAAGGUGUCCAUUAGCAAGGGUCGUAUGGAGAGCCCAGAAAAACGACGCCUUGGUACCUUUGGCAGUGCAGGAAGCAUUAAUUACCCAGACAGGAAGGCCUAUCCUGAGGGCCACCCUCUGAGACCGGUGCCGGGGGCCACUCGUCACAGCAGCCUUGGGGACCACAAAUCACUGGAGACUGAAGCUCUGGCUGAGGACAUAGAGAAGACUAUGACUACAGCGCUCCAUGAGCUUCGUGAGCUGGAGCGAAAGAACACCGUUAAGCAGGCUCCUGACGUGGUCUUGGACACCCUGGAGCCCAUGAAGAACCCAGUUAGCUCCGAGCCCGGCAGUCCUCUGCAUACCAUAAUGAUCCGUGACCCCGAUGCAGCCAUGCGCCGCAGCAGCAGCUCCACCUCUGAAAUGAUGACCACCUUUAAACCCACUCUCUCUGCCCGACUGGCUGGGGCUCAGCUACGCCCCCCACCUAUGAGGCCGGUACGACCGCCUCCCACCCAGCACCGCACCAGCAGCUCCAGCUCUUCAGGGGUCGGCAGUCCUGCUGUAACUCCCACUGAGAAGAUGUUUCCAAGUAACAGUACAGCUGCUGGUUCCAAUAUUAAUACGUCUGGUGAUGCUGGAGAUAAGUCGGGUACCAUGUAGCAAAGGUGGAAUCUGCUAGGUGGGAAGGUUGUAAAGCUUCCCAAAUUAGGGGACGCUAAUGGAAAUGUGUAAUGAUGUGUGAAAAGCAGAUAUUAAUAUUUUCCUCUCUGUUUUCUGCCUGACUUAAUUCAUAUAUUCAGGAAGCUCUUGGAGCGAGCCUACAAUAUGUUACCAUGGUGAUAAAGUGGUGGAAGGAGCUGCAGAGGUGUGAUAAUAUUAAGCUCAACUCUCUUUGAAACUUGUAUUAACCUCAACUAUCUUUGAAACUUGAUACAACUAAAGAAAAUUUGUAUAAGAAUACAUGUAUUUCAAUUUACCUCAGUUUCAACAACAAAAAUCUGUGGCCAUGUUCUCGUUUCAAAGAUGCAAUGAAUGCAAGUGAAGCAAUACUUGUGUGACAUUCAGUAUCAGUUACUUUCCACCCAGCACACAAUGUCCAGCUGAUGUUUCAGUCACUCCUGUUGAUGUGUAUGAAUCACCUCGCCUGGACGGGUGUAAACAUGCAGGCUAAAAUACCAUGUCUGGCUACCAUUUAGGUUGCGGGCCUUAUGGCUGUACAUACAAACUUACUUGAGGUCACACCAUGCUUUCUGUUUGUACUACAUAAUACAGUGGAUGUUCAGCAAAUUAACUUAGUGACAUUAUGUACUUCUGCAUGCGGGGUUUGGAGAACACACAAAAAUAAUCUUGCAUCAAUCAUUGAGAGAUUUAUAAUGAUGUGGGAUUUUCUCAUAGGGUCAUUAUACGCAUAGCAUAUUUGUUUGAAACCUAAUUUUCAUGAGAAAAUAGUAAAAUACUCAUGUUUUAGAUAUCCAAAUAUAUGACAAAGUAAUACAUGGGGAUCUUACGGUAUUAGAUUUUAAAUCUGCCAUGUGUGUGGUACUAGAUGUUGUACCUGAAUAAUUUUUGUUCACUGUUAAAGACAAAAGCAUCCUGGCAUGAAGAUGAUCUCUGAAGUCUGAGACAUACUAAUCAGAACUUAACAAAACAAAGCAGACUUAACUUAAUUAAUGCAUCGACUCAUGUAGAAAUCCUGUGGUAAACUUGUACAUAAUAUACAGCUUGUAAUUUUUUAAGUGUUAAUCUUGUACAGGCUGAUACAAAAAAGGCAGGGUUGACUGUGAAUUGAACUUAGAGUAAAGGUAAUAAACCACCUUUCUAUCAUCUUCAGUAAACUACAAACAUACUCUUUAACUGUGUACAAUAUAGUUCAAAUCUUUAAACUUGUACUGUGUGCUUAGAAUGCAUUUGGUAAUUGUACUGUAGAAAACUGAUUUCUGUUGAAUGGACAGCAAUGCCUGAAUAAAUGUUUUCUCCAUUAUGUUUUUUACACACACUUGCCCAUUUUCACACUUAGUUUGUACCAAUUGAACUGUUGCAAAUUUUAUUAUUGCAUAAGAGACAUGGAAAAGUCUAAAAGUACCAUAAUGACAGUUCCUCUUUUAAAUAUAAAAUGUCAUACUCAGAGGAACCUGAGAAGUAGAUGUUAUAAAAUACUGUUUUUACAGUUAUCACGGUUUCCUUCCUUCUUUUUUUUGUCCUUGUUGAUAGAUACAGCUAUGCUCUAACUGUAGACUAUUCAUUUCAUUGAAAGAAGACUAAAAAGAGUUUUAGUGUUCAUAUCUACUGUACGUCUUGUCAUUCUGACAGCUGUAGUCCAGAGACCUUGUCAUCCGCAUCUCAAAGAGCCUGCUCUGUUCUGCAUGUUUUGAGCUGUAAUAUCUGACUCAUAUCCUGCGUCAGUUAGGCAAUGACUGUAUGUGGUGCCUUUCCUUGGAAAAAUGCACAAAUUAAUUUAAUAUUAAACGGGUUUUUUUUUUUAAAUAUACCUUAACAUUUAUGGUGGCUGUCUGGAAAUGAUAAAUAAAGCUGCUUGUAGCAGUUGCUAAAGUAAAAGUGAAAAAGAACAGUGCUUGAUUGAGUAAGAUCAACUUAAAUAUUAGCAUGUAAACCAGGCUCUGAUUCCACUGUCAGAUCUGUACAGUCUGUACCUUCUGCUGUGUUACUGAGAUACAUGUAAAUUAAAUAUAUGUGCUUGUUGUCAAUGAAUUGAUUCUUAAUAACAGAGAACUCAAACAGCCAGAUUAAGGCAAUACAGCAUUUAAGGUCAAACAGUGCACUCACAUCCUCUGCUGGUUCCUGUUGGUAUUGCCUCUUCUUGUGACAAAGCAGUGGAUUCCUUCACCUACCUUCACCUUUACAGUACUGGGCAUUAUGAUCUGGAGCUAAUUUAACAAUCACUAGGCUUAUCCAUAUAGUUCUAUUUGUCCUGGGUACAGUUUUGCACCAGUUGAAAUCUAUGAAAAUAAUGUUACAAGAAAAAGCAUAUAUGUUUAUUGAAAUACAAAGAAAGCACAUACUUUCAAAAGGUGAAAUUAUCAUAUUUAACUAGACUUUUUUGUUUUUUAUUUAUAUAGGCUACACUUGUGUAAGUGGAGCAGAAGAUUUGAGUGCCUUUUGUGCACAACAUCAAUUUUUAUUGGACUUUUAUAUUUGCUUUUUUACUGUAAUAUGUUGUCUAUUAGUUGUCAUGUUUAUUAUAAACUAAUGUUGCUUUUUUAUCUUUGCUUUCUAUUGCUACUCAGUCGUCAAACCACCACAAGGAAUACAUUGUGUAAAGUAUUCCUCUUGUGAAUUACGGAAGAAUCAUCAGGAAAUGUUCAUCUGUGUUUGAUCGCUGAAGAAUAAGAGUUAUAGAAAGUACUGUACGCGCGAUCUACUUGUGAAGUUUAAUAGAAUCAUCUCAGAGGAUUUCUCUCAUUUUUUUGUUUUCCAUGUGAACUACCUGUGCUGUGGUUGAGCCGUAACUUGUCAUUUAGCUCUCUCCCUUCAUUGCAGUAUUGUUGAAAACAGCAGAACUGAUAUGGACCCUUCUCCCUACAUGUGAUGUUACACUGACUUUCUUUCCUGGAAUUUAUGCUGAAAUGGGUAGCACAGUCUGCCGACAUGAGAAGACAAUAUUC